AUGAUGAGUUUACAAUACCUUUGUGAAGUAAGCCUCAUGCGCAAUUAUUUAUUACUACAAAAUGUUGAGAAUGUACCAUACCGCUUAAUCAAAAAGGUUUUGGUCAAGUGCAAAAGAGACCAUUUGUGUAAGUUAGAGAGUAGCAAUGUACUGCUGAUAUUUGAAGACGAUGAGCUUUGGUUGCAUUUCCUGAAGCAAGAUUUUCCGACAAGUGUACAUGAUUGUUUUGUGUCAAAGAAGGAUAACAUUAAAGAUUAUUACAUCGACUUUAUCAAAAAGUAUGAUUCUGAGUUGUUGAAAAAUGAAAGAGAGCGGGUCGACACCUAUCUGGAGAAUGCAAUACGAAAAGAUCCCACCACAAAGAAAUAUAAGAUGCCCUAUCGAUUACUCUAUUUCAGAUAUCAGCAAGAUGUUGAGAAAAAGCAAGAAAAGAGUGCAGAAAGACUGCGAUAUCAAAUGAAGAAACUAGAAAUGGAACGCCAAAAGAAUCAACCUGUGGUGGUGGACCAUUCAUUCUACGCACAAAACCAACCCAAAAGGGCAUCUAAAAACUUAGCGCGACGUAGCCACUCUGAUCUCUUCAGAAAAUCCAUCAAAGAUCAUGAAAAUAGAGUUCAGCAUUUCAGAAGCGGAGGGUUUGAUAUUACUAAACGGCAUACAACUCGGGUAGCGUUUUCAGGAUCCGUGCCUAAUAUUUCAGAGUCUACUGCUAUAGUUUCGCCAACUAAAGCAUCUGAAGAGCGUGGGACUAUUAUGAACCAGCCCACUCCGCCUCCACCAGCUUCACAAAAUUCUCAAUCGCCUCCAAAACUAAAGAAGAGAAGGUCAGAACCGCCAAGCAUCUUUUUAAACAGAAAAAGACCUACAUUACAGGCGAAUAGAGACAAGAUAAUCAAAGCUGAGGGCCCUAAUUCCAAACCGAAAAAGGUUCACAUCGAAAAUGGUAGUGCUAAGGUAAAGGUCCCGGUCGUCACGAGUGGUCAUAAAAAAAAAUCUGCAUUGUUUUCUUCACCAGCAAUACUCGACAAGGAAACAACACCCCCAGCCACAGGCAGGAACAAGAGAACUAGUAUCUACAUUUUUGAGGUUCAGAAACCGUAG